GGGGUAAGCAACUUCGAUCCUACCUGGCCGACCCCAUAACUUUUUUUCCGAUCACCAAAGAUUAAGGGGAAAAAAUAACUACGAUACCCGCUACAAGAUACUAAGAACCCGGCUCCAGGUCCUAAGUCAUGGUGCAUCUAGUUAUCACCAAAAUCGAAGCCUCAGACUGGGAGGAAAUAAUCGAAGGCCACUUCCAAGCGUUCCAACAUGAACCCUUCCAGUUGCUCAUCCAUGGCGAGAACACCCCGCGCAACCGGCAGAUCUUCAUGGAGCGGAGCCUGAACCAGUUCGCCACCCAGAGUAACUCCAUCUGGCUCAAGGCCAUCGAUACGAACAAUAGUAAUAAAAUCGCCGCAGUGGUCAAUUACAAGCUGAAUCCCGUGUACGUUCCCCUGAAGCGACCAGAGCUGAGUAUGGAUGAUAUGAUAUGGCUUGAGGAUCCGGAGGAUAAGAGCAUUUUGGAUACGAUGUUUAAAGCCAUUGUGGAUCGGAAGCUGAGGCUAUUGAAGGAGGGCCAUAUCCAGCUAGAUACCCUCUUCGUCCUCCCCGAAUAUAGGGGCCAAGGAUUCGCCAGCCGGCUAAUAAACUGGGGACGCGAUCUGGCUAACCAUCUAAUGGUGCCUAUUUGGCUCGAGUCUUCCAUGAUGGCGCACCCCGUGUAUCUCAAGCAUGGGUUUGUCGAUAUCGAGCACGGCCACUAUUUGAUGGGCAAGUGGGACGUUGAGUAUUACGUGAUGAGGAGGGAACCGAAGACGGCGGAGGACUAAAUUUGAGAUAAGUUACAUAUGUAUGCCACGGCGAGGUUGACGGGGUUUGUUUCUGUGGUGGGUUUAAAUGAUAGCUAUGAGAUCAGGGACGUCAGAGCUUUGAUUCUCAGCCAGCCUGUUUAGGGGUAUAACACCUGGAAAUUUCCCUGCACGACAAUUUCCCGGAAAGUAAAGAUAUCAAAUGUUUGGAUGGGAUUGGGGUUGUUAUGUUAGUUAUCAUAGCAGUAAUAGAAGAAGAGUCUGCUAUGGCUUUGUGCUCAUUGGAGAGAAAUGGUAACAUUGAGUGUCAGAUUCCAUGUUUGUUCGAGUGUUAGAAGAAGCAAGCAGGCCCCGUCGGCUUAUGAAGCAGGAUAUUCAACCAUGUACCAUGAUUCAAUUAUUCUUGGGAAUCACUAAUAUCUACUAUACAGGCGGUUUAGCCAGGCCCGAAAAUUGAGUCAACUAGUGGUGAGUUCUCAGCUGCAAUUUUACCCUUUCAUACACCAACUUCUUCCCCCCAAUAUUGUGCAGCUUCAUCAGAGAGCUGCGCAUGCCCAAAGCUGAAUCAGCAAUCCUGUUCGUCAAUAGAAUGUGUCGAAGCAAUUCUUCUCCGAGUUCCCCGUUUUCCACUACCACUUCGUAAAAGUCCUCGUCGGUAAUCAAUAAAUCC